GUGCGUGGUGAAUGGCACAGAUUUCUGGUGGUGCCUUAUGUCUGCAAUGAGUGAAGUAUGGAAACAAGAGAAUGCUCCCACUCUGGGAACAGAAGAAAGGAUCCUUCUACGGCCAAAGCCGCAGAGACCUUGGCCCAAAACCAGGAAGAACGUGACAGGAUGUUUGGGAUUUGUCAAACGCCAGCUUUUCCAGGUAGGAGAUGACUGGUAUUUUCUCUUCAUUCUUGGCAUGUUGAUGGCUCUCAUUAGUUUUGCACUGGACUUCACAGUGGUCAAACUUCUCAAAGCUCAUCGGUGGCUCUUUGAGCAGAUGGAAGGCAGCACUCUCCUACAAUACAUCUCUUGGACGGUGUAUCCUAUUGCAAUGACCACAUUCUCCACCGGCUUCUCUCAGUGUGUGUCACCACAGUCAGGAGGUUCAGGCAUUCCAGAACUGAAGACUAUUCUGACUGGAGUACUUUUGGAAGAGUAUCUGACGAUGAAAAAUUUUGGUGCAAAAGUGGUCGGUUUGACAUGUUCACUGGCUGCAGGAAGUACAAUAUUCUUGGGAAAAGUGGGUCCCUUUGUCCACAUCUCCAGCAUGAUUGCCACUUAUUUGGGAAGAAUUCGAACCACAGUUACCAGAGAUUAUGAGAAUAAGAACAAACGGUAUGAGAUGCUGGUGGCGGCAGCAGCAGUAGGAGUUGCAAGUUGCUUUGGUGCACCCAUCAGUGGUGUCCUGUUCAGUGUGGAGGUGAUGUCCUCUCAUUUUGCAGUGCGUAACUAUUGGCGAGGCUUCUUUGCCGCUACCUGUGGCGCAUUCAUGUUCCGACUUCUUGCUGUGUUCAACAGUGAACAAGAAACUAUCAUUGCUCUUUUCAAGACAAAAUUCCCAGUUGACUUCCCGUUUGAUUUACCUGAAACAUUAAUCUUUAUCAUCUUGGGGAUUAUCUGUGGGAUACUGAGUUGCAUCUACCUGUGCUGUCAGCGCUCGGUGGUAGCAUACAUCAGGAGAAAUGCUUUCAUCCUGAAACUUGUGGCAGCAGAGAAGGCAGUGUACUCUGGACUUGUCACCUUACUAUUGGCAUCUAUCACCUUCCCUGACAGUCUGGGCCAGUUCAUGGCAUGCAGGCUCACUAUGAAGGAGCUUCUCUCUUCACUCUUCGAUCACCGGUCCUGGGCUGUGCUGUCUCAGAAUGCAACGCUCAACAUCCAGGCAAGAGUAGACCCAGACAACCUCUGGAUUGAAUGGUGCCACCCAAGCUUCACCUUUUUUGGCACGCUUCUCUUCUUCCUUUUCAUGAAGUUUUGGAUGCUGAUCCUUGCGACCACCAUACCAAUGCCAGCUGGAUACUUCAUGCCCGUUCUUAUAUAUGGGGCCGUUAUCGGUCGCUUAGUGGGAGAAAUUAUGGUUCUUAUAUUUCCUAAUGGCAUCAAGUCUGAAGGAGUCCUUAACCCAAUAGUCCCUGGGGGAUAUGCCCUUGCAGGAGCAGCAGCAUUCUCUGGAGCUGUGACCCAUACACUGUCCACAGCGCUGUUGGUCUUUGAGCUAACAGGACAGUUGGCACAUUUCUUACCUGUUCUAUUGGCUGUACUUGUAGCGAAUGCCAUAGCGCAGAAAUUCCAACCUUCCUUCUACGAUGGGACCAUCAUUGUGAAGAAGCUGCCGUAUUUACCCAGAAUCCGGAGCAGUAUGCCCGGGUCUUACGAUGUGACGGUGGAGGAGUUCAUGAACACCAAUAUCACAUGUUUGAACAAAAAUUUUGGCUACACUGAUAUCCUGCGCCUAGUGACCUCGCGUUCUGACGAUGUAUAUCCUCUUGUAGAGAAUGCAGAAUCCAUGGUGCUAGUGGGAUCAGUUCAAAGAAAUGAGGUUAUCAAACUCCUUCAGGCUCACAGGGAAGAGGAAUUCCAGAAGGAAAAAACACAUCAGAAAGAAGUGAGUAUAAAUAUUUGGGAAAAGUGCCACAUUGAUCCAGUAACUUUCCAGCUGUCUCCAAGCACAUCUUUACACCAGGCGCACAAGCUUUUCGAUCUUCUUGUCCUCCAGCACAUGUUUGUUAGCUCCGCAGGGAAAGUGGUUGGCUUUGUAACCAGGAAUGAGCUGAAGAAAGUGAUUGAAGAUCUAGCCAAUGACCGUAUUCCAGUCAAGCAGUAAAUAUUAAAGAAGAGGAGAAUUACUUGCCAUUUUACAUACCAUCAUGGAGCCUUGAUUGGAUUUUCUCUUAGCCUGAUAUGUCCCAUCACACGCUCCUUCAGUAAUACCAGCAAACACAUUAAAGUUUGCUUGUCCUCAGAAUGCACCUCCUACAUUCCAAAACAUUUCACAACACUAAAGUUCACACAUCACAUUGUUUUGAUUUCCUCUGCAUCAUAAGAUUAUAUAACUACAGUAUCUUAAAAACUUCAAAUAAAUAAACAGAUGGGUUACAUAAUCAGAUCCCUGGUUGUAGAGAAUAUUAUAAUCGAAUUAUUAACAUUAAAUCUUCAUUGCCUUCUCAGAAAACAUUUGCUAUGUAACGGAAGAGGCACUUUGAAGUGACUCUUCUGAAAACUUCAUUGAGGUAUUCGAGAACUUUUGUCUAACACGGGCCCAUUCAAUCAAGGAUGUUCCUGACUGUUUUGCUCAGUGUUGCCUAUGUUACCUCAUCAACGCAGCAGCAAGAACUCCAAAGGUGUUUAUAAGUUAGUAGAAAGAUUAAUCAGUUGGGCUCGUAGUGUGUCUGAAGCUGCUUAACACACAGGGCCCUGUUUGAUUAGGCAAUAGGAAUUUGUAUGUUCAUUGUACCUUUCUUUCAUAGGAAACGGGCCAUAGAGACUACCAAACUUUGCUGCUUUCCCCACAUCAAUACCCUGACCAGUCAGUGUCAACCUGCCUGGUCAGAGAAAUAAGAUUGACAGUUAACUGUUCCUGCUGUCAUGCCAUAUCAAUGAUGCUCUAACCAAUCAUCACCCUUUUCUCAUGCUGUAUAAACUGGUGCUCUAUUUCCAACUCUUCCAUUUCCUGCAGACAUUCUAAAUGUCAAAACAAAAUGUUUGUACGCUUACAAAUAGUGAUCAUUGCUGCAAUAAACAGUGCUAGCCUCUGACCUUACUCCACUGCAAAAGUUUACAUCAUGCGUUUGGCUAUGAGUGUUUAGAUUUUGCAGUCUCACUCUUCAUAAUUUCUCAGCUGCUUUUUAAAAAUAAAUAUUUUGUGAUGCAAACUCUCCUCGUUCAAUGGUAUUCACUUCUGAGAUUGUUCACUGAAAUUUAGCAGAUGUUCUACAAUAAACUUAGAAUUAAAUAACAGA